ACCUCGUCGUGGGUUAUAUCAUGGUCAAUAUUUCAGAUUUCAAUCACGAUUCGAGCAUGGGAUCGAUAGUAGGAUUAGUAGGCUCGCGUGAGGUGUAAAACAGAAAUUAUGAAUGGUAAAAAUAGGCGUGGCGGCAACGCGACCGCUCCGCUGAAAGCCCUGAAAAGUCUCAGUCGAGGACGUUACGAACGUCAGAAAUCGGAAGAGAGUCAGUAAGUAUUUCUCCUCUCCCUCUCUCACAUCGAAAACACACGGGUUGCAGUAUCUUCGCGACGGGAAACUCGUCGCCGUUUGAUUCUUGUUGAUGGCGAAGACCCUCGGGGAAAGCGAAGAAUGAAAUGCGAAGAAACAAUAUCAGCAGAAGCACGAUCAGUCCGCUGACGCAGAAGAUAAAGGCUCCUCAACAUCUGCUGCGACUCAAGGACGAGGAUGGCUACGGCGAUGAAUGGAACGAUCAUUUCCGACUACCUAGUUUGCCAUGGCAGAAAGCGUUAAAAGACAAUGACACCCCGUCCAAUAGCAACAGUGCGGCAACAUCUGUUUCAUGGUCGCAGGAGGUGGAGAGCAUGGCAACUCAGAAAUUGGAGGAGCAAUGGACCGCCGUGGAGAAGAUCUUCUAUGAGGAGGAUACUCAGAUGCUUAAAGAUUCUAUUUUGGACGAGUGCACGCAGUGGAAAACACAGAUACCAUAUCUGAGAAUAGUUGGCAAGAACCCGACUUAUGACAGUACACAACGUGACAUUGGCUCCAGCAGUAAGAAGACAAAGAGACUUGAUAAUCCACAAAACGAUGAAAUAUUUAUAGAACGCAAUCUUUCAAUGAAGGAAGGAGAGGAUUCUGUACAAUAUAAAUUGAAUAAGGCAAAAUUUGAAGAUGUUCUCGACAUGAUGAUGGAAUAUGUAAUCUCGGAGCUUUUUCCUAACGAAAAGGAUGAAACAGAUUCUUUGCACGACAAUUUGACUGAUGCUCUAAGAAUAGCUCCCGCUCCUGUUCACAGUAAUAGAAAGAUAGAUUCGUCAAGAAAUUCAAAAGCAAAUUGGACAGAGGAAGCAAUCUCGCCUAAUUAUAUCGAGAACAAAUCUAUAAGUAUAAGAAAUCGAUUGCUGGCUACAGAAAAUUCCCUUCAGACAAUAAAGAACGAUGCAAAUCUUCAAGGAAUCCAGAAGAAAUCAAGGAAGUCAAUUUCUGCAAAUAAACUAAGAGACUUUGGUGAUACGGAAGAUGACGCUUUGAAGUCCAAAGAGCGAUUAUGCACGCCACAUAUAGGCAGAAAUAAGCUUGGCACUAUUUUUAAUGAGAGGAUUGUUGUAAGCCCUGUGCCCUUUACAGUGUCUACUCGAGAAAGCUUCUCUACUGUAAAGACUAUCCCGAUUAAAUUUAUGAAUGAGGAUUUGGAAAUUUCUUCUGCUCAAGGAUUAGCUCGAAACGUUGGCUUCCAAAAUUUUGCGAAAAAGUCGGGUGCCUUCUUGAGAAAUCCAAAUAUUCAUUCCGCCUGGCAAGCUUCUGUCUCUCCUACUGUUUGGCCAAAAAAUAUCCGACUCGCUCCCAUAGAUACUUCGAGACUUUCUAACAGCAAAAAUAGAUCAUUGGCACCGUCGCCUGCUGUCCAGCACUACAGCAGAAAAUCAUUGAACCCGAUUUCUCGUCCCAUGAUACCAAAAUCCGCCCAUAUAACUCGCGAUUGUAGCAUCAAUUUUUUGGAGAUUCAAGGAAAGCAUAUUGUUCCCAGCUGGGACAGUCCUAAAGUGGCCAAGAACAAGAAGAAAACUCGAACAAAGGAAAGACUUUGAAAAGAAGCUUAGCUGAUGAAGUCAGAAGCGCUUUGAAUAUUUGCAUGCAAGAAAUAUAUUUUUCAAAAAUGUCAGACACGUGUAUCCUGUAUGUAAUUGCAAAGAAGCAUAGGAGUACAAAAUGCUUUAACGCGUUCGGUUUUGCAAGCAGGAUAAUGCCUGAGCACGGUGAAAUGCUUUAAGUAUAUAUAUAUAUAUAUACUUCAACAUAUAUAUAUAUUUACUGCGCGCGUCAGUAGGUCUGUUCGCGUUGCUUGCACUUUUUAUAAGAAUCUUUUUCCCCUUUCUCUCUUUUCAACGCCCGAAUUAUAUAUUUAUCUCGUCUUAAGUGCAAAAAUUUUGGGAAAUUUUAAGCAACGCGAACAAACUUAAUGUAAAGUAUUUAUGAAAGAUGAUCGUCGCACGCAUAUGCGCGACGGCAUUUUAUUUUAAAUACAUAUCGUUAUUUUGUAGGUAAUACUGUUUCUACCUCACCAAGUAUCCGUAUUGUUCAAGUAUUCUACACGCUUAUCGCGAGUGGAUAUAUUUUUGUAUAC